AACCAGCGUGGUUGGUUUCGAAACAAGUGAUGCAAACACGUUGUUUUUAAAGAAAUACCCCAAAGCCGGACAGAAGGUAGAAUUAAGUACGGUUAUUGAGAAACAUUUCAUCAUAUAUCAUAUAAUAAAAUAUGUCUGCUAACGGUGAUAAAUCUGCAGAGAGUCCUUCCAAGCUGGAAACUAAAAUCAUCAGACAAGUAGAGUAUUACUUUGGUGAUGCUAAUUUAAGGAGAGACAGAUUUCUGCAGGAAAAGUCCAAAGAGGACGAUGGAUGGAUAUCAUUAGAAACGUUAGUAACGUUCAAUCGACUGAAAUCACUCUCUACAGAUUUUAAAGUUAUCACUGGUGCUUUAAAAAAGUCGCAGUCUGGAUUACUUGAGAUCAAUGAAGAUGAAUUGAAGUUACGUCGAUCAACAGCCAAACCACUCCCUGAAGAAUCAGAUGAUCUCCGAGCUGAUAUCAAAGCCAGAAGUGUCUACUGUAAAGGUUUUCCAAGUGAUGCUACACUAGAUGAUAUCCAAGAGUUCUUUGAUGGUUAUGGCAAGGUUGCGUUCAUUCAGAUGAGGAAGACCCUCGACACCAAAGAAUUCAAGGGAUCAGUGUUUGCAACAUUUGAAGAUGAAGAAGCUGCGAAGAAGUUUGUAGAAGCUGAAGAAAUCAAGUUUAAAGACACAGAAACAAUUAGAAUGUUGAAAAAUGAAUAUUUUAAAAAGAAACAAGAGGACAGAAGAAAAAUGAGAGAUGAUGAAAAGAUCAAAAAAGUGAAAGACCAAGAAGAGAAAACAAAGAAAGCUGAGGAGGAGGCUGAACAGCACUAUGAGACUGGCUGUAUAUUAUUUUUUAGUGGUGUAUCAGAACAGACAUCACGAGAAGAUCUAAAUGAAGUAUUUGAUAAACACGGCAAUGUUAAAUGGAUUGACUUUGUCAGGGGACAGACAGAGGGAUACAUACGAUUUGAAGGCAAAGAUGAAGCCAAGAAUGCAUCUGAAAAAGCAAAGGAAGCAAAUGGUGGAAAAAUUACAGUCAAAGGAAAUGAGAUCACUUUCAAGGUACUUGAAGGCGAUGAGGAGAAGAAGAAAUGGUUAGAAACUUAUGAACAACAAAAUAAAGUUCGGCAGAUGAAACGAAUGGGAAGAAAACGUAAGCCAUUCAAAGGUAGACCAGCAAGAGGUAGGAAAGAAGUGAAGUAUGAAGGAAAGAAGACAGUUUUUGAGAGUGAUGGUGAGAGCGGUGAUGAAGGUGAUCACAGUCCUGAAGCAGGUGAUACUAAAGCUGACGACGACUCCGAACCAAUGGCUGGUGAGAAAAAAGACACCAAGUCGGUGAAACGAGUUCUUGAAGGCCAAGGCGAUGAAGCACCAUCAACAAAACAACCCAGGACUGAAGAAACAAGUGAACAGAAAGCUGAAGUCGUUGCUGAUUGAAAACUUGAACAUUUUCCUUUGUCAUAUAUAUAUAUAUAUAUAUAUAUAUCUAUCAAGUUUAUGUAGCACGAAACAACAAUUUUUUAAUGCAUAAAACAUAUACAUGUAUUCAAGAUGGACG